CGCAGGGUAGAAAACGGCAUCUAACCCUAGCCCCGAUCCACAGCCCCACGCCCCUCGCUCCUCCCUCCCUCGUCCGCCGCCACUCCCUCCCACCUCCUCCUCCUGCGCCCUAGGAGCCCCGCCGCCGACUGCUACUUCUCCACCGCCUCGCCUCUUCCUCCUCCUCGCCUUCCCAUCGCUCGGGCGCAGGCUGCUGUGGCCAAGCGCUUCGCGGGCGAACCCGUCUCUACCGCCUGCUCUGGGUUCGCGCGGGACGGGCUCCCCCGCGUGGCCGGCCUCGACGAGCACGACCUCGAUCCGGCCUCAGCCGGAGGACCUCGAGCCGAGGAGUGCGGCCUCAAUCGGGACUCGGCAUGUGGGGUGACGGCGGAGGAGGGGAAAGGAGGGGAGCAGCAACCAACAUCUUGGGCGGCGGUGGCUGGACUCCAUGAGCUGGCCGGCGACGGUGGCGGUGCUGGAUUCGAUCUGCAGGUGAGAGAGGGAGGUGUGGCUUCGAAUUGGAGAGGGACUCCACCGGCGUCGGCCCGCGCGAGGAUUGGUGCCGCUCUCCUCGUAGGCCCUCGCUUCAGGUCGCCGAGGAGGGGCUGUAGCCGAGUCUGCAUAGUUGAGGGUAGGGAGGGCUGAGGUGGGAGGGGAAGGAGAUGGUCAUGGAUCUACUCGAGAAGGUGAGAGGACGAAGACAGAGGGGGUGCUCGAGGUGGUCAAGGCGGAGCAGCAGAGGACGGCUCGUCCACGAGCUCAAGUUUAAGGCGGACGGCGGCCUCAACGGGUGGGUGACGACAUCUACACCUGGUUCCACCUUGCUGUGGCAAAAUAGGAGGCCAUUCAUGCAGUCAUGCAGCGGAUGGAGUCCUCGGCAGGUGGGUGAUGGAGGCUGUAGAUGAUGCACGAUGACGGCUCCCAGCGAGGUUCUAUUAAAUGUGAACAUGUUUGCGUCAAGGCUUUGUUGAUGGUUGAAGAAGAAAUCAAGGUCGCCAAAACUCGGGUGCUGCUGAAUUGCUAGAUUACUCCACUGCAAAAAAGUAAGAAGAGGCGCUGGACAGUGGCAAGAAGGAAGAGCUCGGGCCACCCGCGAUGCCAGGCCGCCGGCCCUCCUCCCUCAAGCUCAAGGCGGCGAAGAGAUGGUUGAGAUGGUGUUGCAGCUCCGCAGAAUGCAGACAAUUAAAUGAUUCUGCCCGUGCUAUCAAAGUGGCCUCUCAGACUGAAGAAGGUGCCACUGCUGAAAAUAUUGUUCAGCCUGCAUCCGUGCUAAAUGUUGGAGAGGAAACUGAAAGUGCAUCUGCUGAGGAUCCAAAGAACAUGCUUCCUGACCCCUCUAAGACCAAAAGGCAAUGCCGCCAAGGGAGUUGGCGCACCAAAGAAAGCGAGGCAGUAGUUCUUCCAUGGAGCACUUCUUCCAUGCCGUUAUCUAGAUAUGUACAUACGGUAUCUUCUAUAUUCUGCUUGCUUAUCAAGCGAAGUCUACGCUGGAAGGGUAUCAUGCUGACCAUUUAAUUGAAUUUCUCUUACAGAAACCAAUAUUAAUUUAUUCAGAGAACAUCCUUAUUUUUAUUUGUGAGAUAAUUAAUAAAGAUGUUUAUCUUUCCGAGCGACAUCGGACAUCCUAUAAUUUUGAGCACCGCCUCGAAGCAACCAGAAAUAGUUUCUGGUAGACUUUGGUCAAUGUAUCCUGCCCUGCAUGCUUUGGUUGUUACGAAAACAGCCACCUUUUGUUUCGCAUCAAUGAGACCAAUAUCUUUCCCCUUUCGGAGAACUCCGAGCAAGCUAUAUAUAAACUUUAGUCUUCCCCUGCUGCUUCUAUGGUGAAAAGUACUGUGUAAUGUAGUCUAUCAUCUUUAGAUUAUAUUGUUCUCUUUGUAGUGAAAAGCGGUUUAUCACCGCUUAUUGUAUAUAUAUGUGAAGAACUCUUCUGCUACUGUUUCCUGAAAACUAUGACUCAAGAAACAAGCUUCCUUUUAUGCAUGCUUUUGCUUCAA